AUGGAAAGAUCCAAGAACUUUCGUAUUGAUGCCUUGCUGGCAGACGAAACUCACCGGUCUCAUCGGGACCUCUCACCGGGACUGAGCAACGACAGUCCAGCGGGGAGCCCCGUGUCCUGCCGGCGUGCGGACACCCCAUCUCCCCGGGGAACACCGGGUGCAAUCCAGCUUCAGACCGGCAUCAUUCCCAAACCGGGUUUACUCAAUAUCCCGCAUACAGGACUCACUUCACUGUCCCAGGGGGCAAUACCGGGCAUGUACCAUACACCCAUGUACCCUCUAUCAGCCCUGGCAGGACAACAUCCUGCCUUUGCAUACUCUGGAUUCACGCAACUAGCCCAGCCAUACCCGGAUCACCUAAAAGCAGCGACUAUGGCUAGUGCGUUCCCACUGGAGCACUGGAUUCGGGCGGGGAUCAUGGUGCCGCGCCUUCCUGAGUUCGGCACAUCCCCACAGUCGGGGCUGAUGGGUAAAUGUCGCCGGCCACGGACGGCCUUCACCAGUCAGCAGCUCCUGGAGCUGGAGAACCAGUUCAAGCUGAACAAGUACCUGUCCCGGCCCAAACGCUUCGAGGUGGCCACCUCGCUCAUGCUGACAGAGACACAGGUAAAAAUCUGGUUUCAAAACCGGCGGAUGAAAUGGAAGCGCAGUCGCAAGGCCAAAGAGCAGGCAGCCCAAUUGGAAGUGGAACGCCAACGUGGAGGCGGGACAAAGACAGCCAAUGAGAAGACCGGAGGGGCGGGUCGGCGAGCGGGAGUCAUCGAUCACAAUGACUUGGAUGAGGAGGAAGGGGAGGAGGAAGAGGAGGAGGAAGAUGAAGAAGAGGAUGAGGAAGAGCGCAAUCACCAUGGCUACACGGUCGAGAUGGCAACCAUGGCACGGCCUGCGGACUUGCUGCAAAAUGGCAUGGACGUUGGCUACCACGCACACAGCUCGUUCUCCGACGAUGACAUGGACGCAGUAGAAGUGCCCGAUCGAAAGAUCGGAGCAGGGUUGUGA